UGAUCAACUUGCUGGGUGGGUGGUGGAUAUGAUGACCUGUUUGGCCAAUCACAGUGAGGAACUCACACGUUGAGAUGACACCUCAAAUUUUACGUGGAAGUUGUAGCGAAACGUUGGCGAUGGGGAAAGACGAACGGAAGCGAAAAAAAAAAUAGUUGGUAAAGAGGUGUAAAUGUUGUGUGAAGGGGAAUCUAAGCACGGUUGUGUGGACAAUUGCAAUUGGAACCCUCCAGCUUGAAGUAUGUCAAUGAUUAGAAGUAUCAAAACCGUUAACGUGUCACUUAAGAGCUUUCCGUGUAUCAGACACGCUAGACUCUCAACAACGUCCAAUGCAUCUCCCGACCUAAAGGGCAUCGAACACCGAUGGGCUAAGAUGAAAGAAGGGGAUCAAUUGGACGUACUAGACUAUCUCAACGAGAGACUGGCACAGCCAUGGCAAGACCUCACAAGAGACGAACAACGGGCCUUGUACUAUAUAUAUUUCGGUGAGUGGGGUCCCCGCUCUCCUAAGCCACAGCGGACAUUUGCUGCUCUGGUACUUGGAGGACUGUUUGCUGGGUUAACAUUGGUAGCAUUGGGUGUCGGAUUGACGAACUACGCCGUGGACAUCGAGAAGGAUGAGAAACUCAAGGAACUGGAGACGAAACUUGUGCAAUUACAAGAAAAGGAACUGGCACUGGAACAAAGACAGAAUAGAGGCUGGUGGUUCUGGAAGUGAGAUUAGUUCUUUCCACAUACAUUGGACGUAGACAUAAGUCCCCAUGCUCGGCGACUGUUGACCCCAUGCUCUUGUUCCACAUUGAAUCACACAUAACGAUGAAACAUGCAGUUCAACAUAAACG